CUUGACGGAGCCUGGAUAAUCUUUCCGGGGCGGGACGUGCCCACAUUGGGCGGGUCUUCGCCUCUGGGGCGGGGUCUGCGCGUCCCUGCAGCGGUCCGAGCUGUCUCCGACUGCAGGACCGGCUAGGGUCUGAGGCAAGCAGUUGGGCGAAGCUGAGGUGCUGGAGCCACAUGCCUCUGAGACAAAAAUUGUCUGCAAACCAUGAAUGAUACCAUGCCCCUUGACAUGACAGAGCACCCUGAUACAGAGGUACAGAAGAACCGCGUACUAAGCCUAGAAGAAUGGCAAGACAAGUGGGUGACCCGUCAAAUCGCAUUUCAUCAGGAACAUGGGCAUAAGCUGUUAAAGAAGCAUUUGGAUACAUUUCUUAGAGGCCAGAACGGGCUGAGAGUGUUUUUCCCCCUCUGCGGAAAAGCGGUUGAGAUGAAAUGGUUUGCAGACCGAGGCCACACCGUAGUUGGUGUAGAAAUCAGUGAAAUUGGGAUCCGGGAAUUUUUCUCAGAACAGAAUCUUUCGUACACGGAAGAACCACUCACAGAAAUUGCUGGUGCCAAAGUAUUUAAGAGCUCCUCAGGAAACAUCUCGCUGUACUGCUGCAACAUUUUUGACCUUCCCAGGGCAAAUAUCGGCAAGUUUGACAGGAUUUGGGACAGAGGGGCACUGGUGGCCAUCAAUCCGGGUGACCGUGACCGCUAUGCAGAUUUCAUCCUGUCCACACUGAGAAAGGGGUUUCACUACCUCGUGGCUGUCCUUUCUUAUGAUCCAACCAAAUACGCAGGCCCACCAUUUUAUGUCUCAGAUGCUGAAUUUAAAAGGUUAUUUGGUACAAAAUGCAGCAUCUGUUGUCUGGAGGAGGCCGAUGCCUUCGAAGAACGACAUAAAGCCUGGGGAAUUGACUACAUUUUUGAAAAAUUGUAUCUCCUUACAGAGAAGUAAAAGACAGCCCAGCGGUGGUGCACAACUUUAAUCCUAGCAGGCCAGCCUGAUCUACAGAGCGAGUUCUAGGACAGCCAGGGCUACACAGAGAAACCCUGUUUUGACAAAAAAAAUAAAAACAAUAACAAAACCAGUCCCCUCCCCCCCCAAAAAAAAAUCCUAGUCAGUCCCUGUAUGUUUUUUUUUUAACAAUUAAAAAUUAUGUUAAGGCUUGAAAAUACAAUCACCUAAUUGUUUUUCUCAUGCAACAUGAUUAUUAUGAUCUUUGCUCAUGACUUUUUAAAAGUGAAAUCACAAACUAAACUCUUACAAGUCAAUCUUUUAAAGUGUGUGUGACUGGUAGCAAGGACCUAUGUGUCCUUUUUUAUAGUCAGCAUGUAUUUCUUUUCUAACUAAAAAAAAAACAACAACAAAAAUGCUUAUAACUUUAAACAACAAAAAAAAUUCUGUGUGAAAAUUAGAAUGACGGAGGAAAUGUAAUAUCUUAAUAGGAUUUGGGGUAGUCUAAACUUGUUAUUAAAAAUUAUACUUUGCUAUAAAUCCUAAUUUCCUUAGUCCCUGGGACCCCAUCUUCAUAUGCUUAUCCUCUUGUAUAAUUUUAUAUGUAACAGAAUUUUAAAAAACAUUAAAAAAAUUAAACCAACCUGUAUGGAAAAGUUUUUCCCCCAAAACUGUAUGAAUAAAACAUUUUAAAAAUA